UAAAGUGUGUCUCGGGACAGACCUUUACUUACCUGUUUAACUUACCUAUCAGUACGAUUUAAUGUCAAUUAAUAUUUGCUAUACACCGAUCACAACUUUGUGUUUAAAUAUAGUGUUAUCAGCUAUGUCUGGUUAGUAAUCUUCGCUGUAGUAUUGGUUAACUGUACAAACACUUUCUACUGUUUGUUUUUCUUCUCACUACCGUUUUUCUUUACGUGUAUUAGCGUAUACCCCGGACUGUCGGCCUUACUCUCUGAAGUCUACCUGUAUGUACCUUCCCAUUUGGUACACCGUUACAGGUGUGAAAGCAAGUUUCACUGGUCGGACGAAGUCGAUGAAAAGUCACGAUCUUCCAUUUGCAUUAACAGUGAAAGAGUGUGAUUUUUUUCUGUGGAGAUUUAAUUCGUGAAUACCCUUUUGAGUGAGAAAGUUUUGUAUUGUGAUUAUCCUACAUUGAUGCCAAGGAAUUCGUGUUCUAACAAGUGCCGAGCUUCCUUUUCAUAUUCUCCCAGUACUGGUGUAUAUAUAUGUAGGAGUUUGACACGUCUAAAGGUGGUGUAUUACUUUACCAGAGGGCUGUUAUAUAUGUCAUGUUCAGAUUGACAAUUGAUGCACUGCAAUAAUCAAGGACCUCUGCGAUGUAUUCCCUUUAUGUGUAUAGAGAAUCAUUGUGAAUGAAGAAAAAAAUAUAUUAAUCAGCAGCAAUGGGAAACUUAAAGUCAAAACUAAAACGGUCCAAAAGUAAAUCCAGGAAAAGUGGCCAUGUAAAUUUACCUGAUUCGAGUUCCUCCCGAAAAACAGUGGACCCACGACUACCCUUCGGUAACUAUAGACAGGUGUUCAGUAUCAGAAAUGCAUGGAAGAAUGUGAUGAGGACAAUGGAAGACACCGCCAAAGAUCACCUCAUCAGAUUCUUCGAGCGUUUCCCCGCCUAUAAGGAGAAUUUCUCGGAUAUUAAAGAUUUGCAGACGGACGAUGCUAUGCGUGAAAGCCUCGAAUUUGAGACGAGGGCGGUCGACAUUUUCCAAAUGUUUGAUGACGUCAUCGCUAACCUAGAAAGUGUUGAUAUAGGAUUAGAAGAGAUCCAUCGGGUUGCUGCAUCAGGUUCCAUGACAGUUGUUAUGGUCAAGGAUAUGAAGUCAACCUUUAUGGAGACAUUGCGUCACAACCUGAGCGACAGACUGACAGACACAACCUCGGAAAACUUCAACAUGUUGUAUGACUUCAUAGUGGCUGAAAUGGAAAAGGCGUGUUGAUACAGGCUUAAGUAGCGGUGCAACUAUCCCCGCUUGUUAGUUUUGACCAAAGCGACCUAAGCGUCAAAGCUGCUUUACUGAAAACAGCGACGGAGAGAAAUACAUACUAGUAAUUAGACAGGUAAAAAAACAACGACCUUCUCGUACCAGGUUAGAAUGCGACCUUCUCGCGCCAGUUAGCUAAUUGCUUCAAUAUUUUCAACUUCGUAAGUAGUUCCCAACUUAUUGCUCAACAAAUGUACACGUUAUUAGUGGUUCUUAAAUCAUGUAAAUGUGUGAUUAUGUAAAUGUGUAAGUCGUUCAGGUUGGUUUGUAAACAGAAAGAUUUGUCUGUAUAUAAAUGAAUUCGCAUUUACAAAAUCAUGGUUAUCUGUUAACUUUAUAUGUACACAUUUUAACGGUGGUCUUAUUUAAGCGCCUUUAAUAUCCUAUAGGUCGCUAAUAUUUGAGUGUGCUAAAACGAGUACCCCUACGGUAUAUGAAGUUGGGGUUUACUUUAUAUACAGUCAUGGUUUUGUAAACAUAAAAUUGUAAAUCUCAAGUAAAACAUAUGUAAGUAAAUGGUUUCGUAUAUAUAAAGAAAUGGUAUUAGACUGCUUUCUCUAUAUUGCUGUGUGAAUUGUCGACAAUUUGAUGACAUUUUAUUUCUAUAACGUGAUAUCAUACAUGUCAUUUAUUUAGUUCAAGCCAUUUACGAGGAUGAUAAAAGAUUGAAUGAACACGAAUAAAUUGCUACAUAAAAAAAAAAAAAUUGUUGGAGCUCGAAUCUCAUUGCAAGAGAAAAUAAAAAGUAUGAGAAACCAAUCCUCACAGACGAUUUUUUUUCUGGGUUUAUACUCAAUUUUCUACAAGUGCACAGCCGGUUUGACAUUAAAAAACCAAACACGAGGAAAACCCAAUCUGGUCUCAGUGUGUGUUAUAAAAUGUGUCCUGCGCGCAAUUAUGGGAUGGAGAUAUUGAUGUGUAUUUGUGUUUAAAGACAUAUGCAGAUAAUCGAUUUUAAAGUUUGCUCACUUUGAAAUACUUAAAAAUCAUUAUAUUACAUGUCUAAAUAUUGACUGUGUCUUUCUUCGGCUGCCAGUCUUUGUCUUCUAAUGCAGACAUUCGUUGGAAAACGUUCACCUUUAUAGCAAAGUAUUGUAUCGAGUUAAUAAAACGUUCACCUUUAUAGCAAAGCACUGUAUCGAGUUAAUAAGACGUUGACCUUUAUAGCAAAGCACUGUAUCGAGUUAAUAAAACGUUGACCUUUAGAGCAAAGUAUUGUAUCGAGUUAAUAAAACGUUCACUUCUAUAGCAAAGUAUUGUAUCGAGUUAAUAAAACGUUGACCUUUAGAGCAAAGUAUUGUAUCGAGUUAAUAAAACGUUGACCUUUAUAGCAAAGCACUGUAUCGAGUUAAUAAAACGUUCACCUUUAUAGCAAAGUAUUGUAUCGAGUUAAUAAAACGUUCACCUUUAUAGCAAAGUAUUGUAUCGAGUUAAUAAAACGUUCACCUUUAUAGCAAAGUAUUGUAUCGAGUUAAUAAAACGUUCACCUUUAUAGCAAAGUAUUGUAUCGAGUUAAUAAAACGUUCACCUUUAUAGCAAAGUAUUGUAUCGAGUUAAUAAAACGUUCACCUUUAUAGCAAAGUAUUGUAUCGAGUUAAUAAAACGUUCACCUUUAUAGCAAAGCACUGUAUCGAGUUAAUAAAACGUUCACCUUUAUAGCAAAGCACUGUAUCGAGUUAAUAAAACGUUCACCUUUAUAGCAAAGUAAUGUAUCGGGUUAAUAAAACGUUCACCUUUAUAGCAAAGCACUGUAUCGAGCUAAUAAAACGUUCACCUUUAUAGCAAAGUAAUGUAUCGGGUUAAUAAAACGUUCACCUUUAUAGCAAAGCACUGUAUCGAGCUAAUAAAACGUUCACCUUUAUCGCAAAGCACUGUAUCGACUAACUGUUAACGUUAAUCAGUGUGUGUGAGGUGGUUAUUAAUUGGACGGAUACAGACAGCAACGUAAGACUAUUUCAUUUCUUCUACCCUAGUACACAUCUGUCGCGUAGUUAGUAUACAUGUUUUAUUUUAUAUACAAUAUCUAUUCAACAGUACAUUAUAUAUUAAAACACUGUUAAUAGAUUUGUUUUCCUUGAUUUAUCUAAUUGCAGUAUCAUUAUAACUUUACCUCCGUAUGUAUGUUACUGGAAGCAAAACUAUUUACAUGCAUGUUAACUAUGUAUGUAUAUUACAUUUGAUAGGUAUAUAUAUAUAUAUAUAUAUAUAUAUACAUUACGAUAUCGUUUCCUUGUGUGACGAUUUGUUCAGAAUAUGGCAUCAGUUAUAUUAUGUGCAUAAUCAAUGUUAUUUUAUUUAAAUGCUUGUGAGAUUCAUAUCCCUUGGAGCACAAGACGGAAGUUUAAGCUAAAUUAUUAUUGCAAAAUUUGGCGAUAGCGUAUUUCUGAUAUAUAGAUGCUCAAAAACAAAAAUAAAAGCUAAAUGAAUACGAAA